AAGGGGAGGGCGUGGAAUGUUGGAGAGUUCGUGCGUUCCAAAGAUACUUUUUCCCCCGUGUAACUUUUUAGCCCUCGCCGCAGAGAUCGCGAAUCCGGAAGGAAAAGAAAGAAAGAAAAGGGAGGAAAAAUAAAAGCAGGCAUUUAUUUGAUCGUGCGUCUCUAUUGGGAUCUACUCUGAAGUAAGCGCCGCACAGGAUCUGGUUUCCAGCCGGAUCCAUUAAAUCUCUUAGGGGAGAUCCUAAAUUGCGAGGGGGAACUUCGAGUCUCGGGGUUACAACGACCCGCCUAACUCUUUCAGCGGUUCCAGCAGAUCGGAGAGAGAAGAUCUUUGAACUGGCCCCUUGGGAUCGCAGGGAUCGAGAGAGAGCGGCCUCGGCCGCCUCGGUUUGGAGCGGAGCCAAGGAAGUCACAAGAAGGCUAAAGCGAUCACAAUAAGCGUCCUUGAAUUUUGCCCAAGUGAUCCGUAUGAUGAAAGACGCCAAUUCUGCAGCCUCUGGGAAGGAAGCCCAGCUGAAACGGGAAGCCUAAUUUCUAAGAAGGAACAUGCAGGACUCUGCUGUGAAAGAGCCUCUUUUAGCCCUUCAAGAUCUCUGCCGCUUUUCAAGCCAAAGAACUGGCGCUCUCUUGUUUUAAAGAUAAACUUUCCAGAAAUUUAAACAAAGUCUUUAAAGCACUGUUUGGGGAGGAGAAUAAUUGCCUGCCUAUAAUUGAAGAACUGGAACGUUUUAAGUCAGUUCCUGCAAAUGAUUUCCAGAAGGUGACUUCUCAACAUGGUAGACUACCUGGCUAAUACGGAGAUCAACAGUCAACGGAUUGCCGCAGUGGAAAACUGCUUUGGGACCUCCGGCCAGCCCUUAGCCGUGCCAGAAAGGGUCCUUUUGGGCGAAGGGAUUUUGACGAAAGAAUGCCGUAAGAAAGCCAAGCCCCGAAUUUUCUUCCUUUUCAACGACAUCCUGGUGUACGGCAGCAUUGUGAUCAACAAACGGAAGUACAGCUGCCAGCACAUCAUCCCGCUGGAUGAGAUCACUCUGGAGAUUCUGCCGGACACCUUGCAAAUGAAGAACAGAUGGAUGAUCAAGACCUCCAAGAAGUCCUUUGUGGUUUCGGCCGCCUCACUGACCGAGCGCAAAGAGUGGGUCAGUCACCUGGAAGAAUGCAUUCGGCACCUUUUGUCCAAAACGGGGCAGCAGCCCCCGACGGAAUACGCCGCCCCCUGGAUUCCAGAUAAGGCAACGGAUAUCUGCAUGCGUUGCACCCACACCAAGUUCUCGGCACUCAUCCGAAGGCACCACUGUCGAAAGUGUGGCUUCGUGGUAUGCAGCGACUGUUCGCGCCAGCGUUUCCUCAUGCCUCGGCUCUCCUCCAAACCGUUGAGGGUUUGCAAUCUUUGCUACAAGCAGCUGAUAGCCAAAAAGAAGGAAUCUGGAGAUGUGGCAAAACCAGUUCCUUCUCCACUGCCUGGCUAUGAGGUUUCUAGCGGGGAUGAAAGCGACAAAUCUGAUGAAGACAAACUGGAACAGUGGCCAGCCGAGACAGAAUUUUACACGUCGGAUAUGAGCUGGUCAUCUUUCCACAGUUGAUUGCUCCAUGGACAACUUCCUUUUAAAGGCUGUCGCACUUUUGAAAAUGACCAAGAAGACUGGGUCAUUCAUGGACUGGCGAGAGGGCUAAACUCAUGCUCCACUCCACCUAUUUUUUGUUUUAGGAAUAACGGAGAACUAUCCUCAAGCCAAUUUUGAUUGGGUCCUCUAAGAUUGAGUCAUUCCUCUUGAAGCUCCAAAUUGGAUUAAAAUGAUAUUGUGUAUUUUCGAAAAAUGUUGGUCCUCUGUAUUUAAUUUUGAAGAUAGUCAGCAUCUGUACUCAUCAAAUGUUGAGGUUUCCAUCCUGGGGAACUCAACAGAACUGUUAUGUAAAAAUAUUCCCAAGUUGUGUCUCUUGAAGAAAUUGUUUUUUUUUUUUAAUAUGUAAAAAAACCAGAACAUGAAUUCUGGCAAUCCAGAAAUCAAAAUAAUUUCCAGAAGAUCACUUAGCCUUGAAAAUUGAGGGUACUUUGUGGGAAGCACUAAAUAUUGAAGUUAUUUGAUGAAAUUUACAAUAGUAUUACAUUUCAGAAACUGAGCUGUUUAUUUAAUUUUUUUAAUCAACUUGAGAUCAAGAAGAAUUAAAAACUGACAUUGCUUUGACUGUU